CGUCGGCCGUGGCUGGCGAAGACGGAGGGGCCGAGAGGGGCGUCUGCUGAUCGCGGUCCCCUCCGCCGAACCGUCGGGCGGAAGGUCCGCAGAAGCUUGUGGGGAGGUGGCUUGUUUCAUUAUGUGUGCGUCAGUCAAAUACAACACUCGGGGUCCAGCCCUCAUCCCAAGAAUGAAGACCAAACACCGCAUCUACUACAUUGCUCUUUUUUCUGUUGUGCUACUGGGGUUAAUUGCCACUGGCAUGUUCCAGUUCUGGCCUCACUCCAUUGAGUCCUCAAAUGACUGGACCCUUGAGAAGCGCAGUAUUCAUGAUGUACCUGUAAUCAAGAUUCCUGCAGACAGUGCCAUUCCAGAACGAGGAGAUCUUAGCUGCCGGAUGCAUACAUGUUUUGAUGUUUAUCGCUGUGGCUUCAAUCCCAAAAAUAAAAUCAAAGUCUAUAUUUAUUCCCUGAAGAAGUAUGUGGAUGAAUACAACAUGCCAGUCAGUCAUACCAUUUCCAAGGAAUACAAUGAACUAUUAACUGCUAUUUCUGAUAGUGACUUCUACACUGAUGACAUCAAUCGUGCUUGUCUAUUUGUACCAUCCAUUGAUGUUCUGAACCAGAACACACUGCGCAUUAAGGAAACAGCUCAGGCUUUGGCACAAUUAUCCCGUUGGGAUCGAGGCACAAAUCAUCUUUUAUUCAAUAUGCUGCCUGGAGGACCACCUGACUAUAACACAGCAUUGGAUGUUCCAAGGGACAGAGCUCUGUUGGCAGGAGGUGGUUUUUCUACAUGGACCUAUCGACAAGGAUAUGAUGUCAGUAUUCCGGUUUACAGUCCACUGUCUGCAGAAGUACAACUACCAAAUAAAGGGCAAGGUCUCCGCAGAUAUUUCCUCCUAUCCUCUCAAAUUGCUCUUCAUCCUGAAUACCGUUCAGAACUGGAGGCUCUUCAAGCAGAGAAUACAGAAUCUAUACUAAUCUUGGACAAGUGUACCAACCUUUCAGAGGGAAUUCCAUUUAUUCGUAAACGUUGCCAUAAGAAUCUGAUCUUCGAUUACCCUCAGGUCCUUCAGGAAGCCACAUUCUGUGUUGUUCUGCGGGGAGCACGCUUAGGACAAGCUGUACUGAGUGACGUUCUUCAGGCUGGUUGCAUCCCUGUUGUCAUAGCUGAUUCUUACAUUCUUCCUUUCUCUGAAGUUCUGGACUGGAAGAGAGCUUCUGUGGUGAUACCUGAGGAGAAGAUGCCUGAGCUGUACAACAUUCUACAGAGCAUACCCCAGCGGCAGAUUGAAGAGAUGCAGAGACAGGCAAGGUGGUUCUGGGAAGCUUACUUUCAAUCAAUGAAAGCUAUUGCUUUGGCAACUCUUAAGAUAAUCAAUGACCGGAUCUACCCGUAUGCUGCCACAUCAUACGAAGAAUGGAAUGAUCCCCCAGAAAUUAAAUGGAGCAGUGUAAGCAAUCCACUGUUUCUCCCAUUGAUCCCACCCCAGUCGCAAGGCUUCACUGCUAUUGUCUUGACGUAUGAUCGUGUUGAAAGUCUCUUUCGAGUGAUCACUGAAGUCUCAAAGGUACCAAGCCUUUCCAAGUUAUUAGUUGUUUGGAACAACCAGAAUAAAGUUCCACCAGAAGAAACGGUUUGGCCUAAAGUUCGAGUUCCAUUAACAGUUGUACGAACCACAGAGAACAAACUGAGUAAUCGAUUCUUCCCCUAUGCUGAGAUUGAAACAGAGGCUGUGUUAGCCAUUGAUGAUGAUAUCAUCAUGUUGACCUCAGAUGAGCUGCAGUUUGGUUAUGAGGUGUGGAGAGAGUUCCCUGAUAGAUUAGUUGGAUAUCCUGGCCGCCUGCAUUUGUGGGACCAUGAAACAAACAAAUGGAAGUAUGAAUCAGAAUGGACCAAUGAAGUUUCAAUGGUGCUAACAGGGGCAGCAUUUUACCACAAGUACUUUAAUUACUUGUACACAUACAAAAUGCCUGGGGACAUCAAGAACUGGGUGGAUGCUCAUAUGAAUUGUGAAGAUAUUGCCAUGAAUUUUCUAGUGGCCAAUGUAACUGGGAAAGCAGUUAUUAAGGUGACACCCAGAAAAAAAUUCAAAUGUCCAGAAUGCACAGCCAUUGAUGGGUUAUCCUUAGAUCAGACACACAUGGUGGAAAGGUCUGAAUGCAUUAACAAGUUUGCAUCUGUCUUUGGGACCAUGCCCCUGAAAGUGGUGGAGCACCGGGCAGAUCCAGUCUUGUACAAAGAUGACUUUCCUGAAAAGCUGAAGAGCUUUCCUAACAUUGGAAGCUUGUGAAGAACAGCCUCAAGUCAAGAUGGAUAUUGGAAUCCAGUACCCCAGACAGCUAUUGAUGCUAGGAAAAAUCUUGGGGCCCGAGAGAAUCAUACCAGGGAGCAUUACAGAGAGAGGUCACAAAGAUUAAUGCUUGCUCCUGGAAAGCUUUUCCAUAGACCAUUAAACUCUUAAUGCAAGAUAAAGCAGUGGUGGUGUAUUGCUCAUAGGUCUACUGAAAUGUUUAUUUGCUCUAUGAAGAUUGCAUGCAUAUGAGCAUACACAAUACAACAUUUUUGAUCACACAACAGAAAAUACUUCUUCUCUAAGGGCUGCUAGUUAUUUACAUCUGUUGUUAGUCCAUUUGCAAACUGCUUUUAUGUUUGCUGCAAAGAUACCCUCUUUCGCUGGUGUGCAAGGCCUGCUUUAGCAUCUUUUCAGAUUCAUCAUAAGCAUUAAUUUUGCCAUAAGAUUGGCAGCCUUUUUUAGUUGGUUAAAAAAGAAAAUGUGCAUUGAUGUUGGGUUCAUUUUUUACAUUACAAGAUAAUUGAAGUGAAAUAAAGCAGCAGCUUUUCUUUUUCUUUCCAUUAAGGUAACUAAUUGUUAGUAAAUGAACACAUUUCAUCUUUCAUGAACAUAAGAUUCAUAACAUUUGAUGAACAUAAAAAUGCAUUUUGUACUUUGGAGCUCUUGAUAAAAAAUACUGGAUUCAGUUCUCACAUUUAUUUUUUAAGGGAACGGUGCAUGACAAUUUGGAUUAUGUAAUUAUGCAAUAUAUUGAUGAUUCAUAGAAAGCAAUUUAUCAUCUUCUGAAAGAAUUUACGUCUUGAUGUGUAGAACUCAUUAUCACAAGAUAAUGAAAAUUCAUCAUGUAAGCAGCUGAUGCUGAAGUAAACAUAAAGAACGUGCCCCAGGGAAUGGGAGAGAGUGACACCUUUGCAUUUCAAAAGUUUGUGUCUCUGGUAUCACAAAGUAGAAACAACUUUACUGUCAGUUUGAAAUCAUAAGAGCCCUGUGUGAAGGAAUUUUAAAUCUCUCUCUUCCCUGGGCCAGGAUAGCAUCAGGUGUUUAACUGAAAAGCUACUGAUAGGGAGGGUUAAGAAUAACUCAUUCUUUGCUGUUUAAACCUUACUAAAGUAUUCCCUACCUAAGGUAGCUGAUGUAUAUCUAGAGUAGGAAUCAGUUCUCCUUGCAUCAGCAUUGUGAUGUUUCAAUUGGGUGCCUUAUGGGAGAUUAAUGUAUUUCUGCAAGGCCUAUUUGAGUUCUGUUUUCAGUGGCUACUCAGUCUGUAAUUUCUGCUUAUGCGGCUUCCUCAGCUGAAGAUUCCACUGACUAGCUAGGAAAUAAUCUUCACCCUCCCACUUAAGUCUGAAAGAGAAAAAUAUAUAGAUUUGUAAAAAUAAAUUAUAGAAAAAAAUAUAGAAUGCAAGAAGUACUGCAUUGUUUAGAGCAUCCUGGUAAAAAUAUUCUUACUACCAUGAUAAUACUAAUAGAAUACAAAAUUGGGGGGUGGCAGCAAGGGCAUUUCUGAUUCAAAGGCUCAGGGAAUGUAUAAAGCAAACUGUCUCAUCUGUUAAAUCCUGGAGUUUCAAAUCACCUUUUUCCCCCCCUAAACUUGACAUUACAUCUGUUGUACUAUUGACUAGAAUGUCAGGCCAUUUCUUUUACGUGUUGGAGCGUUCUUCUGAGGAGGUCUAAUUUUGCCUCCCUGCUGAGCUGAAGAAGUCACUGUCUUUUAUUCCUCCACUGCCUGAAUCCUCACGGGAAUUCUUCAAUUAAGUUGCUUCUGCCAUGGGAGCAGCCUUCUUUGGGGCAGGCAAUGCAAAGUUGGUUUGCUUAGCUUGUCUGCAUUCUUCAAUAACUAACCCUAUGUGGUGAAGGAGGGUUUUUACCCUGCUGUGAAAUGUUAUUAAUCAAUUAAGAAUUAAGCCCAACUAUCUCAACAUUUAAUAUAAUGUAUAUUUCAGGUGAUCUUGAUGGUUUUAAAAAUCUUUACGUUUCCUUCCUAAGAAUGCAUAUAUGAAUUUCUUUAAAAUCUCUCCUGUUCUCCAGCCUUGAAGGUGCAGUAUGGAUGCCUCUUAGUUUACAUCUGAUUCUAUUAAUUGCUUCCAGUGUUUGAACCCUUGCUGAAGCUCAGAAUGCACUUGAUUCUUGUCCCCUGUUGAUUCUUUGUGCUCAGGACUGCUCAGCUGAUUCUGUUUUACCUAUUCCUCGCCAAACUUUUUUUCUUCAAUGUAUUUUUUUCAAUGUCAGCAGGAACAAUUUUCUGUGCACUUAGUUGUGCUGAUCAGUUCUAAAGAUUUUGUACAGUUGCAUCAUGGUUAAUUAUUUGGUUUCCAAUUAGCCAUGAUUAAUCCCUCUAAUAUUUUACCCAACGUUUGGAUUAGCAGGGAACAGCAUAUUACUGGCACAGUUUUAUACAACUUGGAAGUGUUUGGUAUGCAGGAUUGGUGUGCCUUUUUCAUGUUGAUUGCUCUUUGUUUUCAGUAGGAUAAUUAUGCCAGUAUAGUAUUACCCCAAACUUUCCUUUCAGCUGACCUUUACCAUGGUAGUGUAUAUAUUUCCUUGAGGAUGCUAAUUGAGUGUUCAUUUGUACCUGCAGUUUCUACUUUCGGGAAUUUAAGUCGAACAGCAACAUUUGGAGCAAAUGCCAAUUGGCAAAUAAUUCUUAGUCACCAAUUUCCAUUUUGCAUAAGACACUUUUAAAGGUAUAUGCCAAGGGAAAGAAAGGAUCCUGGUGAAGUCUUAAGUGUUUGGAAUUCUAACUUCUGUCUGCCUUAGCCACACGGCAAAUGGCAAGGGUUUAUGACAAUUGUAGAUCAUAACAUCUGAACAGCACUACAUUGCUCUUCUAUGAUGUAUACCUGUGACAUUUUAAAUGUGUGUAAAAUGUGAAUGCAAUGCAAAUGUUUGUACACUUGUCUAGGAGCUGUGGCUGGUUACAGCUCUUCGUUGAACAUAUACUCGGCUGCAAAUCCAAUCUUGCAACUGGGUCAUGAGCAAAUAAUGAGUGGUCUGAAAUAUCUACCUCUGUCCACCUGGAUUCCAGAAAUAUUAACUGAACACACAUUUGUAUAUUUGCAGAUAUAAAGAAAGUUAAGUGAAUGUUCCACUUUGAAAUGAACUGUACUAAAGCAUUUCAUAUUGGUUUCUAUACUAGAGCUUUCCCCCUCCCACUGUUAUUCUGUAAUACAGAGGUUAUCCAGGGACCAUAUUUCUCAAUGUUUGUGUGAACUUGUUUUGUUUUGAAAAUAACAUUUGUAAAAACAUGCCUCAGUCAAUUUUAUUUACUUAUUUACUUACUACAUUUGGUAACUGCCCAAUCGUGCAAUUCUGGGCAUUGUAUAAAGCAAAAUUCUUGGUGUUAUAAAGUAAAAAAAAAAAAACUGAUAUAAAACUGCAACAUACUCU